AUGUCAUCCUUUCCACAGCAGCUCGCUUCCCAUUUCAAGCGGGACCGGGUUUACAUGCCAGUCGGCGGCUCCAAGUCCAGGUCCGAAAUGCUCGACGAGCAGGACAGGGCCGGGAGCAUUGACUCCGAUAUCCCUCUGAUGGAAAGCCCCCAUAGUAUGCCGCGGCCGCAGUCCUGGUUCAAGCGCAUGCUGGCCCGGCUGCGUGCUAUCACCAUGCCCUCGCGGCCUGUCAUGAUCAACUUGGUGCUCUCGCAGCUGCUGAUUGCCUGCCUACUCGUGGUGAACGGCGACGCUAACUGCCGACGCGAACAAGCACCCCUGCUGGAUCGUGUUAACGUUCCCCUCGUCCUUCGCCAGAGCUUUGCCCAGUACGGCAUGGGCGGCAACGAGAUCUGGCGCGCGGAGCCGAGCGAGGAAGUCGACAAGGCCUGGGAGGCGGUAACUGCCGAGCACAUCAUCCCGGUCAAGCAUUCCGACAUUGUGGCCAUGCGCAAAGACCCCUCCGAGGUCGUACCCAUGCCGCCCGGCUACGAGGUGGACGGGGAGCAGACCUAUAUGGCCAAGGCGGCGGCCUUCCACAACAUCCACUGCCUGGACUGGCUGCGCAAGGCAGUGUACCGGCGGCACUACUAUCCCAACGGCACCGACGAGGUCCCCUUUUACGACUACCACACGGCGCACUGCAUCAUGAUUCUGUUUGAACAUCUGACCUGCUACGGCGACUCGGGCGUCUACCUGUACCGCUGGAUGGAGCGCUUCGACCGUCCCAUCGCCGACACCAACAUUUGGCGCAAGUGCUGGGAUUUUGAAACCGUCCUGCAGGAGCACAACAACGCGGCGGUCAAGGACAUGGUGGAGACUGACGUCAAGAAGCCUAAGGGCGCCAAGGAGGUCGAGGCGCCUUGGCAGAUACUCAAAAUCAUCAGCGACUUCCAGCGGGACCACGACGCGAACUUCGACCCGCACUAAAUUCGAGGGGUUCACAUGUAAAAACGGGGUGGUCAAAUCUAGGGAGAGGAUGCUUGGUUAUCCAUAGUUGCUCGUGAAGUGCCAGAGUGGGUUUAUCCUUUUCAUGUCGAAGGCAACACGUUGGCAUAUAAAGAUUGUACUGGUAAACAUGCGAAUAAAUGCUCUCUACACUG